CUGUUCAAUUCCGCAAGCGCACCCAAGGCAGAAAUGCCACCAGUAUACCGCUUCGGAUGAUGGGCUUGGGUGUUCGGCAUUACACAGCGCCACCAGCGCUUCUUUUUUUCUCUCGGAAGUCAGACUCUCUCAACAGCACGAGCAGCAGAUAGCCCUAUGUGCGCUACAACCGGUGAGGCAGGGAGACCUGGGGCUCAACUGGCCAGCACGACUGGUGCUGACGUCCAUUCAGGCCUUUAAAUGUGUGUCUCCCUGCGCAGGAGAGAACAGUCUUUGUAGCAGUCACUUUGCCCGAAGGGAGACGCGUCAGGCGACAGCUCUGACUCCCCGCUCUCUUCCCGGAGCUGCGUUUAUCUCUGUCCUCUUUGCACCAAGUCCCUGCCAGCCACUCCAGCAAGAGGCGCAUUUGGUACAAGCACCUCAGGCGUGAACCAACAGGACUCCCCAUGCCCCGUGCUUUUCCGAUGGACUUGAAGAUGAAAGAUUGCGAGGUGUGCCCGGAGAUCGCUCUAGGAGCAGGGAGCAUCUUCUAGAUUUUGGUGUGUUUGGGGGCGGGGGGGGGGGUUCUCAAAACUGGUGAAAGCGUCCUCUGAGCAUCCGCAUCUGCAACUUGUUUUGGUUUCUUCUCACUCGUGUGUGUGCGGUUACAACAUCAAAGUUUUUCUCCUUUACGAGCAAAAAAAAAAAAAAAAUGUCAUUUUAAUUAUCCUCCCCCCCCCUCCCCGCGCUGUCUCUCCCUGGCCUUCUAGCUGGGCGGUGAGUAGAUAGCGGGGCGCGCAGUGUGGCAGCGGCAGCGGAGAUUGGCGCGGUCAGAAGCAGCGGAAGGGAAGAAGCUGCUGCCGGGGACUCCCUGGGUGACCCUUUGCCAAGCAAAAGAGCCAGAACCUUCCGGGACGCUGGUGCCUGCACACUGGAUUUUAAACACCAUCCUGGUUGUGCGACUCUGUCCCUUUUUCUCAAUUGGUAACUAGUCGAGAGCGAAGCGCUUGGCAGGAGCGCUCUGCGGGACCUAACCUCCUGGCUGCUUGGGAUCUGUGCGUCCGCUGCUGCGGAAGGAGCGAAGUGGAGGACGCCAGCCGUUGCUUACUGGAGCCUGGAGGAAAAUGGAAGCUUCAUUCACUAGAAACAGUUGAAGUUGCCAGAAACUGUGACAGAGGGAUAAGACAACAGCACCAGAAUUUGCAUGGUCAUGUUUCUGAAUAGUAUGCCCAAGAUCUACAAAUAAGGGAUGUGCAAGAGGAAGCCUUGGCAAGAAAACUUACUUCAUAAUCUUCCAUGGACUAAAGAUGAAACUUUAAACUGCAAAUCAACCUUGAGUGGAUUUUGACAGAAGAUGUUGCAACAGUUUUUUCUCUGGAAAUGUUUAGCUUCGGGGAUCAUCAUUGGCUCUCUCUUUGCAGCUUGCUUUGGGCAAUACGAUGAUGAUUGCAAACUAGCUAGGGGAGGACCACCAGCCACCAUAGUUGCUAUUGAUGAAGAGAGUCGGAAUGGUACGAUUCUGGUGGACAACAUGCUGAUAAAAGGGACUGCUGGAGGACCAGACCCCACCAUAGAACUCUCUUUAAAGGACAACGUGGAUUACUGGGUGUUGUUGGAUCCUGUUAAACAAAUGCUUUUCCUGAACAGCACAGGCAGAGUUCUGGACAGAGAUCCACCAAUGAACAUCCACUCCAUUGUGGUGCAAGUCCAAUGCAUCAACAAGAAAGUGGGCACCGUCAUCUACCAUGAAGUGAGAAUUGUGGUGAGGGAUAGGAAUGACAACUCACCCACCUUCAAACAUGAAAGCUACUAUGCCACUGUGAACGAGCUCACUCCAGUUGGCACCACGGUAUUUACAGGAUUUUCAGGAGACAAUGGAGCUACUGAUAUAGAUGAUGGCCCAAAUGGACAGAUAGAAUAUGUUAUUCAAUACAAUCCAGAAGAUCCGACAUCCAAUGACACCUUUGAAAUUCCCCUUAUGUUGACUGGAAAUGUAGUGUUAAGGAAGAGACUCAAUUAUGAAGACAAGACUCGAUACUUCGUCAUCAUCCAAGCUAAUGACCGUGCACAAAAUCUGAAUGAAAGGCGGACCACUACCACCACACUCACUGUGGAUAUCCUGGAUGGAGAUGACUUAGGUCCCAUGUUUCUUCCUUGUGUCCUUGUGCCAAACACUCGAGAUUGCCGACCACUCACCUAUCAAGCUGCCAUACCUGAACUGAGAACUCCGGAAGAACUGAACCCCAUUGUUGUUACUCCACCAAUCCAAGCCAUUGAUCAGGACCGGAAUAUUCAGCCACCAUCAAAUAGGCCCGGAAUCCUCUAUUCCAUCCUUGUUGGGACUCCUGAGGAUUACCCACGGUUUUUCCAUAUGCAUCCUAGGACUGCAGAACUUAGUCUGCUGGAGCCUGUAAACAGAGACUUUCAUCAGAAAUUUGAUUUGGUUAUUAAGGCUGAGCAAGACAAUGGCCAUCCCCUCCCUGCCUUUGCCAGUUUACACAUUGAAAUACUGGACGAGAACAACCAGAGCCCCUAUUUCACAAUGCCAAGCUAUCAAGGCUACAUCCUUGAAUCUGCCCCAGUGGGAGCAACCAUUUCUGACAAUAUAGAUUUAACCACUCCUCUAAGAAUUGUAGCUCUGGACAAAGACAUAGAAGAUACAAAAGACCCAGAGCUUCACCUUUUUCUGAAUGAUUACACAUCAGUCUUCACUGUCACACAGACUGGUGUCACUCGCUACCUCACCCUGCUGCAACCAGUGGACAGGGAAGAACAGCAAACUUACACAUUUUCGAUAACAGCAUUUGAUGGAGUACAAGAAAGCGAGCCAGUUAUUGUCAAUAUUCGAGUAAUGGAUGCAAAUGACAAUACUCCAACCUUCCCAGAAAUAUCCUAUGAUGUCUAUGUAUACACAGACAUGAGUGCGGGAGACAGUGUCAUACAGCUCACUGCAGUCGACGCAGAUGAAGGGUCAAAUGGGGAGAUCACGUAUGAGAUCCUGGUUGGGGCUCAGGGAGACUUCAUCAUCAAUAAAACAACAGGGCUUAUCACCAUCGCUCCGGGGGUGGAAUUGAUAGUCGGGAGGACUUAUGCGCUCACGGUCCAAGCAUGGGAUAAUGCUCCUCCUGCAGAGAGAAGGCACUCCAUCUGCACAGUGUACAUUGAAGUGCUUCCUCCAAAUAAUCAAAGCCCUCCCCGCUUUCCACAGCUGAUGUACAGCCUUGAAAUCAGUGAAGCCAUGAGGAUUGGUGCUGUUUUAUUAAAUCUACAGGCAACUGAUCGAGAGGGAGACUCAAUAACCUAUGCUAUUGAGAAUGGAGAUCCUCAGCGAGUUUUUAAUCUUUCAGAAACCACAGGGAUUCUCACCUUAGGGAAAGCACUGGACAGGGAAAGCACCGAUCGAUACAUUCUGAUUGUCACAGCUUCAGAUGGCAGGCCAGAUGGGACCUCAACUGCCACAGUAAACGUGGUAGUGACAGAUGUCAAUGACAAUGCUCCAGUGUUUGAUCCAUAUCUGCCUAGAAACUUAUCUGUGGUGGAGGAGGAAGUCAAUGCCUUUGUGGGUCAAGUAAGGGCAACAGACCCUGAUGCUGGAAUAAAUGGCCAAGUGCACUACAGUUUGGGUAACUUCAAUAAUCUUUUCCGCAUCACAUCCAAUGGGAGCAUUUACACUGCAGUGAAGCUUAACAGAGAAGUCAGGGACUACUAUGAACUUGUUGUAGUGGCAACUGACGGAGCAGUACACCCUCGUCAUUCUACUCUAACACUGGCCAUCAAGGUUUUGGAUAUUGAUGACAAUAGUCCAGUGUUCACCAAUUCAACAUACACUGUUGUUGUGGAAGAGAAUCUGCCAGCUGGGACCACCUUCCUUAAAAUAGAGGCCAAAGAUGUUGACCUUGGAGCAAAUGUGUCAUAUCGGAUAAGAAGCCCUGAAGUGAAGCACUUUUUUGCACUACAUCCAUUUACAGGAGAGCUAUCCCUUUUGAGGAGUUUGGAUUAUGAGGCAUUUCGAGACCAGGAAGCAAGUAUCACUUUUCUGGUGGAGGCCUUUGAUAUUUAUGGAACAAUGCCUCCUGGUAUUGCUACUGUCACAGUGAUUAUAAAGGAUAUGAAUGAUUAUCCUCCUGUAUUUAGUAAACGAAUCUACAAAGGGAUGGUGGCUCCAGAUGCAGUCAAGGGUACACCUAUCACUACAGUUUAUGCUGAAGAUGGAGACCCUCCUGGGUUACCUGCAAGUCGUGUGAGAUACAGAGUAGAUGAUUUGCAGUUUCCUUACCCUGCCAGUAUUUUUGAUGUAGAGGAAGAUUCUGGAAGAGUAAUAACUCGAGUCAAUCUUAAUGAAGAACCAACAACAAUUUUUAAGUUGGUGGUUGUUGCUUUUGAUGAUGGUGAGCCCGUGAUGUCCAGCAGUGCCACAGUGAAAAUUCUUGUCUUACAUCCUGGAGAAAUCCCACGAUUCACACAAGAAGAAUAUAGACCUCCUCCAGUAAGUGAACUUGCAGCCAGGGGGACCACAGUUGGUGUAAUUUCUGCUGCAGCCAUCAAUCAAAGUAUUGUGUACUCCAUUGUUUCAGGAAAUGAAGAAGAUAAGUUUGGAAUCAAUAACAUCACAGGUGUCAUCUAUGUGAAUGCCCCCCUGGAUUAUGAAACAAGAACAAGUUAUGUGCUUCGAGUCCAAGCCGAUUCCCUGGAAGUGGUCCUCGCCAAUCUCCGAGUUCCUUCAAAAAGCAAUAUAGCUAAAGUAUACAUUGAGAUUCAGGAUGAAAAUAAUCAUCCCCCAGUGUUUCAGAAAAGAUUCUACAUUGGAGGAGUAUCUGAAGAUGCAAGAAUGUUUGCUUCUGUGCUCAGAGUAAAGGCUACUGAUAAAGAUACUGGUAAUUAUAGUGCUAUGGCAUACAGACUCAUAAUACCACCAAUUAAAGAGGGAAAAGAAGGGUUUGUGGUGGAAACAUACACAGGACUCAUCAAGACUGCUAUGCUCUUCCAUAAUAUGAGAAGAUCUUACUUCAAAUUUCAAGUUAUUGCAACUGACAACUAUGGGAAGGGACUGAGUGGAAAAGCUGAUGUACUUGUCUCUGUGGUCAAUCAGCUGGAUAUGCAAGUCAUUGUUUCCAAUGUGCCCCCUACUUUAGUGGAAAAAAAGAUAGAAGAUCUUACAGAGAUUUUGGAUCGGUAUGUUCAGGAUCAAAUUCCUGGUGCCAAGGUGGUGGUAGAAUCCAUUGGUGCUCGCCGGCACGGGGAUGCCUUUUCUUUAGAAGAUUACAGCAAAUGUGACCUGACUGUCUAUGCAAUUGAUCCCCAAACCAACAGAGCCAUUGACAGAAAUGAACUUUUUAAGUUUUUGGAUGGCAAGCUGCUUGAUAUCAAUAAAGAUUUUCAACCAUAUUAUGGGGAAGGAGGGCGCAUUCUGCAGAUCCGGACUCCAGAGGCAGUGACCAGCAUUAAAAAGCGAGGAGAAAGUUUAGGAUACACAGAAGGGGCUCUGUUGGCUCUGGCCUUCAUCAUCAUCCUCUGCUGUAUUCCUGCCAUCUUGGUGGUCUUGGUCAGCUACAGACAACGGCAAGCUGAAUGCACCAAGACAGCACGAAUUCAGUCUGCACUACCUGCGGCAAAGCCAGCAGCACCAGCGCCCGCUCCAAUGGCAGCGCCUCCGCCACCCCCACCACCUCCAGGGGCACAUCUCUAUGAAGAACUUGGAGACAGCGCAAUGUAUGAAAUGCCUCAAUAUGGAAGUCGACGUCGAUUGUUACCACCUGCUGGACAGGAGGAAUAUGGUGAGGUGGUUGGUGAAGCUGAGGAGGAAUAUGAGGAGGAAGAGUGGGCAAGAAAGAGAAUGAUCAAGUUAGUUGUUGAUCGAGAAUAUGAAACUAGUUCAACUGGAGAAGACAGUGCUCCGGAAUGUCAGAGAAACCGUCUUCACAAUGCUAAGAUCCACAGUAAUAUCAAUGGCAAUAUAUAUAUUGCACAGAAUGGUUCUGUGGUGAGAACCCGCCGUGCCUGCCUCACUGAUAACUUGAAAGUUACCUCCCCUGUCCGUCAGGGGAGGCACUUUAAGAAAUUAGAGAAGUUGGCAGUGACACAUGAGGAGAGUGUACCUCUGAACACAUUGUCAAGGGGGCCAUUUUCUACUGAGAAAAUGAACAAAAGACCAACGUUGGUUACCUUUGCCCCUUGCCCUGUGGUAACUGACAGUACAGCAGCAAAGUCAUUGGGGAACAGGCUGAAAAGCACAGUGGAACAGGAGUCCAUGGUUGACAAUAAGAACAUCAAGGAGACUUUGGAAUUCCAUAGUGACCACACACAGUCAGAUGAUGAAGAGCUUUGGAUGGGUCCCUGGAACAACCUCCAUAUACCAAUGACAAAACUGUGACUGAUUUUUUAAAAGUUAUUUUAAUUUUUACUUCAGUUUUUAAUGAACUGUGCUUUUUAUUGUCACUGAGAAAACAAUGUAUGGGAUUUAUAUCAUGCACACAAGCUAAAACUUUGAACAAUAUGCUUUAAAAUUUAAAAAAACAGACAGAUUUGCACUCACAUUUGUAUCAAUUAAUUGUUUUUCCCAGAAAAUCUUUUUGGACAGAAUCGAUUCACUAAAAACACAUCAUUUAAACAUUUAGCUAUUUUGUUGGGUUUUGAAUUAUUUUUCAUUUUAAUAAACACAUAAUUUACUAAGUAAUCAUUCAUAUUUUGUUAAUUAACACAAAUUGUGCUUCAUUUCUAACUUCACAAUACAUUUUUCAGUACAUACAAUUUUAUUUUCUAUAGGCAAAUAGGGAAAAUAUUAAGAGGAUUUUUAUAGGUAACAGGUUUGUACAAUUGUUGUCUAUAUUAUCCCGGUUUUUUUUAAAAAUGAAAGUAGUAAAGGUGAAAAUCACCUGUAAAUUAUUCUGAAUCAUGAGUUUACUUUUCUUAUUAUCCAUUUUAAAAUUUUACAGAUUUUAACACACACACACAGACACACACACAUAUACACCUUUGAAGAAACACGGAACACUUCAGGUCAUAUCUUUUUAAAAAAUUUUAAUUUACAAUUUUACUUGGUUCCCCCUAAAAAUACAUUAUCCAUAUUAUACUUUGUAGAUCAUUUGGUUUAGCUACUGGAAAUUAAAUAAUUGGAGCAACAAAACAGUCUCUCACCCUCAGUAAAAGCUUACUGAGAAGUGGCAAAGGUCAAAUAGGCAAUAUUGCAGCUAGAAUCACAAUUUCAGUGUGGAAGUCAUGGUAAGGCCAGAAAAGUCUCACAUUAAUGUCACUGGACAUGAAUAUUUUAUGAACCCAGCAGAAAAGAAUUUGGCAGAGUCACAAAUUUAUAUAAUAUGUGAAAUGCCUACAAAGGCUAUAAAUCCAUAACUUCAAAUGCAUUAUUAUAUUUAACUUCUCCCAGCUCUGGUUUAUUUAUAGACUAUUUUGAUGCACAUAUUUAUGUGGCUGUAGUUCAGAGCCAGAAAAUGAUUGCCUGGGCAUUUUUUUUUUAAAUCAAAGAACAGUUGUUAAUUUUUCACCACUGAACAAAGCACAGAGUUUUACCAUUAAUAGAAACUACAAUAAAUUAUUCUUUUAGAAAAACUUGCCUUGUGUGUUGCAUACCCUCCAGAUGUAGAAAGAUGAAAUAAUAUAGUUUAAGAGAAUUCAGAAUUCUAUUGACUAUGACUUAGUAUGAUAGAGAUAUAGCUCACCUCAAAUUUUGCACAGAUUUCAUUUACAUUACUUCAUGCAUGCUUAGUAUAUGGUUGAAGGAUUGAAUAAUGCAUUAUUAUUUAUACCCCUCUUACAUAUUUCACACAUUAAAAUACAAUUUCCUUAUUUCCAAAGUGUAUUACAUAAAUGUGCCAACAUAUAUUACUAGUAUGCUUUCAUUUCAGAUUUUCAGAAGUAUUUGAAGACAAAUACCAUAACAUCUCAUUUAUCUAAUUUAAUUAGAAAUCAAUGCAUUUUUACACCCUUGUUAAAAAAACUAUAAACAUUAAUAGAAGCUUGUUAGAAAUAUAGAAUCAUGCCCCCACCCCAGGCCUCUCAAACAAGAAUCCACAUUUUCACAAGAUCCUAAGGUGAUUUGAAUGCACAUUGAAUUUUGUGAACCAAUGAUCUGUAAUAUUGAACUCCAGGGCUUACUUGUUCAAUCACCAAAACAAUUGUUUUUACUAUAAAAUAGUUUAUGUAGAAGUUAGAUUAAGCAUAUCUUGUCUCCCUAUGAGCCCAAUCAGGUCACUGAAUAUAACUUAGUAUUUUUUGUUUUCUGUUCCAAUGUCAUCUCAACCAGUAUUCCAAAUAUUCUCUCCAUAUAGCUUUACAUAUUUUUUCCUUCAAAUUUUGGCUAUAAAAUUUAACUUGUUGCUAUGCUUUUCUCAAAAAUUUUCUUCUAUUUGCAAUUUCUAAUAUACUGGUGGGAGAGUUUGUGUUUUAUUCUUGUUUACUGUUAUUUAAAAAUUUAUUAAGUCUGAUAUAGGAAUAAGGUAUGUAGAUUUGGGCAAAAGCUUUGUGAUUCUCAGAAGAGUUCUUUGAUCACUGUUGGAAUCUGGACAUUGUUCUGGAAAUAUGAUGUUGGCAGAAGACUAAUAUCCUGACAGAUGAGAUGCCAUUGUAUUUUCUGGCAUACUUUUUAACAAGGAAAUAGGCAAAUAUUAUAAGCUAUUUAAUCAUAAAUAUUUCAGAACUUUUGAAAUGAUUGUUUUAGUAAAAUUGAUCAUGAAGUUAAUCUAUACCUUACUGGAGACAGUGCAAAGAUAAGCAGUAUUUACACAGAUCAACCAAAUAAAAUAUUUGGUCAUUAUAUUUUGGGGAAAGGAUGGAGGGCAGUGAAAUUAAUACUAACUAAAUAAAUCUGAACCAUUUGAAUAGUUACUUUGAUAAAACUCUCACUAUUUUAUAAAUCCUUGACUCAGGAUUAAAAUUGUGGAACACAGGGGAAAUUAUCAAGUAUGUUUAAUCUUAAGAAUAUAAAUGACCUUUCUAUGUAAAUAUUUAUAAGGAAAUUUAUGGUUAUUUUUCCUAGAAGGGCAUAGGAAUUCAUUUUAGUUUUAAUCAGCCCAGCUUUCAAUAAUGCAAAAGAAAUAGUAGAUCAUCACUGAUGAGAGUAGCCUGAUAUAAAAACAAUAUUGCUAAAACCAUUGAUUCAGGAGGUCUUAUGGGCAUUAAAGGACAGGUGAGGAAGAAGGAGUAUAUCUGGUCAAGAAGACACAGUCAUUUGUCACACAAUAACCAUCAAAUCAUAUUUGUUGACCUUUGUUUCUAGACUUAUCUUUUCUAUUAAUUAAUAUCCCUGACAGCUGUCAUAGAAUUGCAACUAUAGGUUGGCCAAAAGCAUCUUUGUUGAAUACAUAAAAAAAGUUUGCCUUGAAUUUUAUGCUAUAUGUUGCUCAUGUUAUUAAACCAAAUUGUAACAGGGAUGUUAAAACAUGUUACUUACCAUAAGUAGGUUCUUCCAGAUGGUCAUGGUAGUUACUAUUAAGGAACUGUUAAUAACAUUUAUGUAUUGUAGAGUCAGAAAUAAUUGACGAUUGAUUCUUGAAGGAAGAUACUUUUUUUUCUGUUAUUUCAUAAUUCUUGCUUUUUCUCUUGUUCUUCUUCAUUCACCGUCUGCACUUUAUACCAUAAGUGGGUCUUAUAUACCACUUCAAUUAACUAGUAAAAUAGGCAGAAAGUGCUAAUAAUCUAUUCUCAGGGCAGAUGCCUAUAGGUGCCUGCAAAUAACACAUCGAUAAGGCUGAGGGAUAGGUUCAAAAUAGUAUUGAGGACCUCUAUUUUUUAUUGAUAGUUUCUCCCUAUUUUCAAAUGAUAUGUGAAUUUGUUUUACCUUUUAAUUGUGUUUUUUCAUUAAUUGGCCUUGAUCUUUAUAAUCACAAUCUUUCGUUUUGGAUUGGUACUUUUUUUCAUUAUAAACUAUUUUAAGUUUAUGGUAAGUUAAGCACAUGUAUGAAAGAAUUGAACAUUGUCUAUAGUUUGAAAAAUUAUUAGCCUACCCACUGCUUCCUCAAUUUCUUUAUCUAAACACCGGUUCUUCCUUAACAAAUAUUAUGUUAUUACAUAAAGAAUAUGGAUUAGAAAGUUUAAGUUAAAAUGCAUUACACAAUGUUUCAAAAAUAAAUUUGCAUUUGAAAAAAAUGAUUCCUCAUUAUUGUGUCAGAUGGAUAAAAUCAGUAACCAUUGUUUUGUAUUUCAGUUUCACAAUAAAAAGAAAACCCUUCUCUGUAUAUUCUUACCUUGUGAUGUUUAGAAGUAUAUUUUAAAGCUCCUAACUAUUCUAUUCUUUUUCCAUUUCACUCAUGUACUUAAGCCACCAAGUUCUAGAAAGAGUGAGAAUGUGCUCCUAAAUGUGAGCUCCCUUUCCUGGAUACAUGCAGCUCUAUCUUCCCAAUACUGCUAAUGAUACAACAAUUUCAAUUGUCUUUUAAAAUAAAUAAUCUUAAACCAUUUUAAACAUAGAGAAUUUUUGCCACUUUACCCUUUUGUUCUACCUAUUGUAGAUCAGAAUUUUAUUUAUCCAUGUAUUUCCAAUGCCAGCACACCUCCUUGAAUAAAUUUAAC